UUAGGUUUAAUUAAAUCACUUCUCCUUCUGAAAGCACAGAAUCACAGAAUUUUUUAUUUUUGUUUAAAAAAAAAUGGUAUGAAGAUGAAGAUAUCAAAUUGCGAUCGAAGUUCAGGAAUGGAAUUGAAAUCUUCGGAACGGGAAAUGCAUUUGUACGACACCGUUUGCCGGUUCAGAUUUGGAACGGCAUUCGAUUCUUAUUAUGUGGCUUGUGAGGCUUUCUCUGAACAACAGCAUCUCCGCCUCUCGUCUUCGGUUGCUAUCGGAGUCAAAAUUAAAAACCUCCUUUAAUACUUUGUUUUUUUUUUUUUUUUUGCUUUUAAUUUUCGUUUGUGUGUUGUGGACUUUCGUGUCUGUGUUUGUGCUUUUUUAAUUUUUUGUAAAAAUGAAUUUCGAUUCGGGUCGGGGGAAAUCGGUGGCGGAAGAUGGUGAAUUCACGGAGAAGGAUCCAUCGGGUCGGUAUGGUCGGUACGAUGAAAUCUUGGGGAGAGGAGCAUUCAAGACUGUUUAUAAGGCAUUUGAUGAGGUUGAUGGGAUAGAAGUUGCUUGGAACCAAGUGAAUAUUGAAGAUGUACUGCAGUCACCUGAUCAGCUAGAAAGAUUAUAUUCAGAGGUUUAUCUUCUCAAGUCUUUGAAGCAUGAAAAUAUCAUCAAGUUCUAUAACUCUUGGGUGGAUGAUAAGAACAAAACUAUUAACAUGAUAACGGAAUUGUUCACUUCUGGGAGUUUAAGACAAUAUCGUAAGAAGCAUAAGAAUGUCGACAUGAAAGCGAUCAAAAACUGGGCAAGGCAGAUUCUUCGAGGUUUACACUAUUUGCAUAGUCAUUGUCCUCCUAUCAUUCAUCGAGAUUUGAAAUGUGACAAUAUAUUUGUCAAUGGAAAUAAUGGAGAAGUCAAAAUCGGAGAUCUUGGGUUGGCAAUUGUCAUGCAGCAGCCUACGGCUCGAAGUGUUAUUGGCACUCCAGAAUUCAUGGCACCAGAGCUUUAUGAAGAAGAAUACAAUGAACUUGUUGAUAUAUACUCUUUUGGCAUGUGCAUGUUGGAGAUGGUUACUUGUGAAUAUCCAUACAAUGAGUGCAAAAAUCCUGCACAAAUAUAUAAGAAGGUUACCUCUGGUAUAAAGCCUGCUUCUCUUGGUAAAGUGAAUAACCCCCAGAUUAAGCAAUUCAUAGAAAAGUGUCUUGUCCCAGCAUCCUUACGAUUGCGUGCCGUGGAGCUCUUGAAAGAUCCCUUCCUUGCCUGUGAAAAUCCAAAGGAGCAUGUUUGUAAUCCCCUGCAACUACCAAAUAUUGUUCCCAUGGAAAUGAACUUGCCCCAAUCUGAAACUCAUCCUAUGGACAUAGACCUUAACUAUAAGAAGCUUUCUGAUAGCUCUUUCGCAAAAAGCAAUAAUGACACUCGAUUUUUAACUCUAGAACUUCAGCAGUUUACUGAGAACAAGGAAUUCAGACUGAGAGGAGAGAAAAAUGAUGAUAAUACAAUUUCAUUUACCCUACGCAUUGUUGAUAGAAGUGGUCACGUGAGUAAUAUCCAUUUUAUUUUCUACCUUGAUUCUGAUACUGCAAUUUCGAUAGCUGAGGAGAUGGUUGAACAACUUGAUUUGUCACAUGAAGAUGUGGUUUCUAUAGCCGAGUUGAUUGAUAACUUGAUAGUCAAGCUGGUGCCGAGUUGGAAUCCUUCAUCUUGUAGUGCUUCUAGUUUGCAGAACAGUUCAUGCAAUGGUUGUAGCGUUCUGCAAAACAAUUUAAUGUUGUUGAAGUGCUUGAGGGAUUCAGAAGAGUCAAUUAAGGCUUUUGCAGAGGCAGUUAGUGAUAAAGGUGUCCCCUCAAAGUUGGGCAUUAUGAAAUAUCAAGACACUCAAGAAUCUUUCAGUUCAGGUGUAUCUACUGAAUUUGAUGUCUCAAUCACCUCAGCUCCCAGUACCGACAAAUCUUUCAGACAUGAAUUCCAUAAAGGUUCAAAUACAUUUGGUUUCAGUUCGCAUGAUUCAGUUUAUGAUAAAACUGAUGGGAUAAAUGUUGGUGAAUCUAUUUUGAUGAACCGGUCCAUGCAGAACUCUGAGACAUCCUUCAUCGAUUCAUGCUCUGACAUAUCAAAAGUUCCAAGCUCGUCGAGCAUCUCCUCUCCAUCGCUAUCAGAGAAAGAUCAUCUGUGUUCUGAGCUAAAGAUGGAGCUUGAUGCAAUCGCCACACAAUAUGACCAGUCUUUGCAGGAACUGCUGAGGUUGAGGGAGGAAGCAAUGGAAGAUGCCAGAAAGAGGUGGAUUACAAAGAAUAUGUCUGUUAUUUGAUGUACUAAAAUUUCACUCGUUAUGAUUUUUUUUUUUUUUUUGACAUAUUUUGAUUCAGUUGUUGUCUUGUUGCUGGUAUUUCCUUGUGACUGUUAGAUUGGAAAUAAGGCCAUUCUUCAACAGAUUCUUUUCAUUUGGUUUCA